CCAUUUAAGGUCCCUUUAAUGAAACAUGCUUUUCUAUUUGUGUUUAUAUUAAAGUCUCAACCAGUUUUUAUAAAAGUUAAUGCCAAAGUAUGUAAAUUUUCUUCAUCCUUGUUUUAAACUUUUUCUUUUUUGACUUUCUCAAAAUAGGUUGAAGUGUUUUUAUAAAAAUGUGGUAAUAGCCACAACAUUCUGAACAUUGAAGAAAUUUAUCUUUGACGGGAACUCUAUUAGGAAUAUCUAACUCGUUGUUCUCCGCAACCUUACAAACAUCAAUAUUUCUACGAAUAUGUCUUCCAUUUUAUAAUGUAAUAUCAUAAUAUUCGUAAUAUAAAUGCUAAAUCUGGAAAUUUGAAUAAACCGAAAUUUCCACUAUCUAUCAGAAAAACCAAACGCAAGCUGUCAAAAAUGUCAUUUCCAAAUAACAAAGCGUAAUCUAUGCAGGGCAUAGCAUAACAUAACCCAAGAAUUUAAAUGCAAGGGUUGAAAUACAAAAUAAAUGUCGGCUAACAACCUAUUUUUAAAAUCGGCGUUCGUCCGUGCGCCCUUGAAAAAUGGCGUAGGACGAUACGUGUGUCAAUUGCAGAGAAUAGUCUUCAAGUUUUGCAAAUCCAACGGAGCCAGCCGUGGUAUGAGAGACUUCAUAGAGCAAGAUUUGGUUGAUUUCUCAAAAGACAACCCUGGAGUGGUGGUGUAUUUAAAGCCACGUAGACAUCGUGGGCCGGUCAUAGUUGGGGAAUAUUUGAACGGGGACAGAUUGUGGAUGAGCGUCCACAACAAAACCCACGAGGAGAUCGUAAAAUGGGUCGAAUUGUUCCGAACUCAACAAGGCAACAACUGGAACUCGAGACUCCGCAAGUACCAGUACACGAACCACCCCUCGGUCCAAGGACCCUGGACUCCGUUCACGUUCAAGGACCCAGAAUUGAACACGGCCGAACUACCCGACGUGAGAUUCGGUAGUAACAAUCGACUACCCGCAACGGCAACUGAACAGUUGAGACUGAUGUUCGAGAAACAAAAGUUGGAUGAAUUAAAAACGGCGGAGUGAAUAUAGAUUAGUGCUCUGUAGUUAUAGAUUAUGUGUGUUAAUUAUAUUAAUAUUAAAUAAUGUUUUGUUUUA